CUUCGGCCCUCAUCUCCGCUCCAUAUCUUUUCCCUCCUCUCCCUCCCUCUCUGUCUCUCUCCUGCAUCCUCUGCCACCCUUCUUCCUCUCCCUUCCUCACCCCCUACCUCGCACCUCACGCGUCAUGCUAUCACUGUCGAGGGCUGCCUCGACGGGCAUUCGCCUUGCGCGGCCACAUGCCCAAUGGCAGGUGCCAUACAUGCGCCAGGGGGCCCUGACGGCUCUCCGUGCUGCCAGCAUGUCCUCCACCACCGGCAAUACCACAGCGUCGGAUGCUUCCCUCCAUGCCGACUCGCCGCCCCUGCGCCGGACGCCCAAUCCCUUUACCAUCGGCUCGCUUGCCGCAGGGUCCAUUCAGCUUGAUAACACCACUGACACCCCUUGGAAGGUGGUCGAGUCGGCAUCCUUCUCGCCGGCGGCUCCUGCCCCCGCUGCUACCGCCGCCACUUCUUCGAUGGCCUCUCCUUCGGCCACCAUCGCACCUAUGCCCACGGCUGCCCAUCCUCUGCCCGCAGGCGGCUCUCCCGCGCGGGUCAAGACCGAACUUCCGACCAGCCCCUGGACCACCCUCUACGGCGCGGUCCCUGCCUCGGCCAUUGGCGUGGUUCUUUCGACGGAUCCGCGCCCGCGCCAGAAGUCGGCCCUGCGCAAGGCCCUCGAGGUCAGUGAAACCGUGUCGGCCAUCCCGGCCGGCACGGCGACUGCUGGUACUGGUGCUGGGGCGGGUGCUUCCGGCGCGGCGACUGCUCUUGGUGCUGCUGCUGCCUCGGCCUCCAUUCCUUCGAAGAAUCCCGCCACGGGCGCCGGGGCUGUUGCUGCCCCGGCCGUCAAGAAGCCACUCAAGGAGAAGAUCAAGGAGGUGUGCCGGCACUACUGGCUGGGUUCUCGGCAGCUGGCCACCGAGGCCAACAUCUCUUGGCGCCUGUUGAAGCGCGUUCUCCGGGGCCAUGUUCUCACGCGCCGUGAGCGCCGACAACUCAUCCGCACGACCUCAGACAUGUUCCGUCUGGUGCCCUUCAUCGUCAUCCUGGUGGUCCCCUUCAUGGAAAUUGCCCUGCCCCUCUUGCUGAAGCUCUUCCCGAAUAUGCUCCCCUCUACCUUCGAGGACAGUCAUCAAGCCGAAGAACGCAAGCACAAGCUGCUGAAGAUGCGUCUCGAGGUGGCCUCCUUCCUGCAGGAGACUGUCGAGAAUAUGGCCGUUUCCUCGAGUUCCAACAAUGAUGUGGCCAAGCUGGCGGCCGAGUUUUCCACCUUCUUUAGCCGCAUUCGCAGCACCGGCGAGCAGCCGAGCACUAGCGACAUCUUGCGCUUCGCUCGGCUGUUCGAGGAUCAGAUUACCCUUGAUAACCUUCCCCGUCCGCAACUGGUGGCCAUGUGCCGCUUCAUGGGCGUCAGCUCUCUCGGAACAACCCCACUGCUGCGCAAUCGCCUGCGUCAGAAAAUCCGCAAGUUGAAGGAGGAUGACCUGAUGAUCGCCACCGAGGGCAUUCACACCUUGAACAAUAUCGAGCUUCAAGCGGUUUGCAUUCAGCGCGGCAUCCGGACCACUGGUCAGACGACUGCCCGCCUACGUUCGGAACUCUCCCAGUGGCUUGACCUUCAUCUCAACCAGCAGGUCCCGCUUACACUGCUGAUCCUCUCGCGGAUCUUCUCCAUGAGCGACCCGCAGUCCGGACAGAAGGAGACCGCUGAGCAGAUGCCCGAGGCCCUGCGUGCCACCCUUUCCUCGAUGCCGGAUUCCAUCGUGCGCGAAGUCCAAGUGGACAUGGACACAGCUGCUGGUCGGACUGUGAGUGCCGAGAAGCUGGCCGUGCUCCAGACCCAGGAGUACCUCAUUUCCAAGGAGCAUGCUGAGAUGCAGGCCGAUCGCGAGGAGGAUGCCCGCAUCGAUGCCGAGGCGAAGGUGUCCGCCGGCCCGGUGGCCGAUGAGGCUCUUUUGAUGAAUCCGGCCGCCGCGAUUGCCAUUCCGGCUCCCGCGCCGCCUGCCUCGGCCUCCAAGGUGUCGGAUGUGGCGGCCGCUGUGAAGGCUGCUGUGAUCGCGCCGGCCGCUGCCACCGCUGUGGCCCUUGGUGGGGGCGCUGGAGUGGUGCCCCUGACCACGGCCCUGCAGCCUACCCGGCCGCCGAUGACGGCCCAGCAGCGCCACUACUCGGCCAACAUGAUCAUCCUGCUGGGUGAUAUCCUCUCGCGAGCGGUGGCCCAGUCGCCAGUCGGCCCGGAGAAGGCGCACCUGGCCGAGCUGAUUGAGGAUCGCCAGGACUUCCUCGAGGCGGCAGACGUCCUCCGGAAGAAGGCCGAUCAGCUGCCGGUCAAGGAGUCCCCCACGAGUCGCAUGCUCAGCCGCCGGGUGGACAGUCUCAUCAUGAAGAUCCGGUCGGAGAUCAUGCUGGCCGAGGCGGAGACCCUGUCCGAGCACGAUCCGGAGCGUGCCUCCUCCGAGGGGAUUAACUUGCCGCGAGAGCACUCGCCGCAGCUGGCCUUCGCCCUGGCCAACAUUGAGCUUUUGCACCCGCCCUUCCGCCUGUUCAGCCUGGAGGAAGGCAGCGAGAUUUCUUCGGUCGACUUGCGUAACCUCCUGUCUCUGAUUCAUCGCCGCAGCCAGGCGGCCGGCGUGUCGUCCAGCCCGGAGGGGAUCGACCGCUCCGGUCUGGAUCCGGCUUCGGAGAAGGACCUGAACCUGGUCCUGCAGCUGCUGCUGCGCUUCGACACCAACGGUGAUGGAUUCAUCCCGGUGGCGGAGAUUAUUGCCUAUGCCGACGAGCUGGAAGAGUCCGCCCGUGAUGGUGUUUCGGCCGAUCUGGUUGUUGAGCCUCCGGUCCCCCGUACCAGUCACUGACAGCGAAAUUUGGAGGCCAUUUCGCCGGGAGCCUGUCCUCCAGGCCGUUGGCCAGACACACCUCCCCAGGUGAAAGAAGAAAACUCACAUCCUUCUUCCUGAGGGUGGGAUGCCCCCCGGGUAUGGCUACCCCCCCCCCCCCCCCC